AUGGCGAUUAACGUGAAACCCUAUACAAUAAUCCUCUUCUAUUUUGCCCUAAUUUCUCUCCUCUCAAAUUUCAGGGUUUCUAUGAUUAUCAAUGCCGCAGCAGCUAACAUCACCGUCGUCGAUCUCAUCCCAAGAGAUUUAUUGUUCAAUUCAUCCCUAACACCCUCAGAUCGUGUCAGAAAUUCUCUGUUACGAUCCCUUAAACGCUUCAAAUUCCUCGCUGCCGGAGAUUCCAACUUCAGCCGCCAAGCAUUGGCCGCCGCCGCCACAACCGACAUUGUCUACGACAGCUUCAAUUACCUCAUGAAAUUCUCCAUCGGCACGCCGCCGGUCGAAUACCUAGCCACCGCCGACACCGGCAGCGACCUCACCUGGAUCCAAUGCACGCCCUGCCGCAACUGCUUCGAGCAAACUCAGCCGCUGUUCGAUCGGAGACGAUCGCCGUCGUACAGGCCGGUCCUCCACAACUCCGCAACGUGUCGGUCCACAGGGCUGGUUACAAACCCCAGGGGCUCCGGCAACACGUGCGGCUAUUCUAUUCUGUACGGCGACGGCUCCACCAGUGCCGGAGAAAUCGCCACCGAAAGGCUGGCCGUCGGACGAUUAUCGAUCCCUAACUUCGUCUUCGGCUGCGGCGACGAUAACCGAGGGUUCAGCGAAAGCACCGCCGGAAUAUUCGGCCUCGCCGGCGUCGCAAGAGUGUCGCUAAUGAAACAAGCAGAGUCCACGAUCAGGGGCAAAUUCGCCUACUGCCUUCCCGAGUCGUCGUUCCAUUUACAUCCGGAAAUCGGAAAAUUGAGCUUUGGCGGCGUCGUUUCAGGGCGGGGAGUGGUGUCGACGCCGCUGGUACUGAAACCUCGGUUGGUAUACUACCACGUGACGCUGGAGGGAAUAACGGUCGGAAAUCAACGGCUGAAUUGGGGUUCGUCGAGCAGGUCGAACGAGGGCAACAUAGUGAUGGACACAGGAGCAACAUUGACGAGCCUUCCAUUGGAGCUGUACGAACGAGUGGUGACGGCGGUGGUCAGGCAAUUGAAUCUGAGGAGGAAGGCGGAUCCGCAGAAUCUGUUGAGCGUUUGCUUCGAGGUGAACAGAAAUAGCGACUACGAGAAGCUUCCGACAAUGGUGGUUCAUUUCCGAGGUGGGGCCGAUGUUAGAUUGGGCAAUUACAAUGCGUUUUUGCAGAGCGACUCGAGAACGGUGUGCCUGGCGUUUCUGCCGGACGGCGAUAACCUUCCGGUGUACGGAAGUAUAACGCAGGCGAAUUUUAUUGUGGGGUAUGACUUGGAAAGGAUGAGGGUUUCGUUUAAACAGUCUCCUUGCAGCAGAAUGGAGACUUAA